GUUCUCAAUUUGCCUCGCAGCCACUGCGUCAACGUCUUCCUCUACACCCAGCCCAUGUCCCACAACAUCGCACGCACGCCAGCGGCCCUCACAGACAAGCGUGUGAGUCAUCGAAACCUUACCGACGUCGAGCGCUGCGGUGUCUACCAGCAGCUGCUGGAGAUGACGACGGGCGGCGUCCUGAGAUGCACGGCCUUCCAAGAAGUCGCCGUCAAGUAUGCAUGCCACCUGGGCACCGUAAAGCGCAUCUGGAACAGAGGACAAGCGGCCAUCAAGGCGGGCAGUCCCGCGGCCGUCGUUGCGUCCAGAAUUCGCGGAAAUUCUGGUCGCAAAGCCGUGCGCUCGCAUGACGCCAUCAAGGCGGCGAUCAUGGCCGCCCCUCACAACAAGCGCCAGACGUACCGGUCGAUGGCGGCGCAGACCAACAUCCCCAUGACGACCCUUAUACGGCACAAGAAGGCGACACCCAGCCUCAGGGCUCGCCCGAGCACCAUUAGCCCCCUUUUGACCGAUGUCAACAAGGCGUCACGGCUGGCGUGACGCCUUGCUGACAUCGGUCAAAAGGGGUCGAGACUCUUACACCAGCGCGUUAGCUCAGUUGGAUCAACGCCUUGGAGUGGAAGCUCGCAUGGAGGACCAGUUGACGGGAA